GCUUCAGCUAGAAUCCCUCCUCUUGUCAGAGACAAAGUCAGCGAUCAUGCAAAGAAGACGCUCGAUAUAGUCGAGACAUUUGUCAAUGAAGAAUGCAUCCCCGCCGACGCCGUCUAUGCCGCCCAACUCGGUCAAGGCGAGGCAAGGUGGAGUGUGCCACCCAUAUUGGAAGAACUCAAGGAGAAGGCGAAAGCUCUAGGGCUUUGGAACAUGUUUCUGGCAAAGGGCCACUACAAAGAGGGGGCUGGGUUCACCAAUCUGGAAUAUGGGUUGAUAUGUGAACAAUUUGGACGAUCAAGGACAGCGUCCGAGGCGACGAAUAACUCGGCACCGGAUACCGGUAACAUGGAAAUUCUGGCAAAGUAUGGGUCGACAGAGCAAAAGGCGGAGUGGCUUACGCCGCCUAGACCGAUCCGAACAACCCGGACAAAUACAAGCAGCAGUCUAUGAUUCUCGUACCAUCCAACACCCCCGGUAUUACCGUCAAGCGGAUGCUCUCCGUCUACGGCUACGAUGAUGCACCGCACGGACAUGCUCAUCUCAUAUUCAAGAACGUUCGAGUGCCUGCGAAGAACAUGGUCCUUGGCGAUGGCCGUAGUUUCGAGGUGAUGCAAGGUCGGAUGGGUCCAGGGCGUAUCCAUCACGCUAUGCGGUCCAUUGGUGCCGCCGAAGAGGCCCUGAGCUGGCUCCUAACCCGCGCCAAUGCCGAGCACAAAAAGCCCUUCGGCAAGGUCCUCUCCCAACAAGGCGUAAUCCUUCACUGGAUCGCCAAAUCGCGCAUCGAAAUCGACGCCGCACGCCUCAUCGUGCUCAAUGCUGCAGCCGCCAUCGACACUGGCGACGCGAAGACCGCCCUCGUCGAGAUCGCCCAGGCGAAGAUUCUAGUCCCUAACAUGGCGCUCACAGUCAUCGACCGCCCAGUCCAGACCUUCGGCGCACAGGGAGUAUGUCAGGACACGCCGCUGGCGGGGAUGUGGGCGAGUGUGCGAACGAUCAGGAUUGCAGAUGGGCCGGAUGAGUCGCAUUUGGAGCAGUUGGGGAGACGGGAGAACAAGAAGGCUGCGGAGGCAACGGAUAGGAUCCAGGCGCAGCUGGAUAAGACAGAUGAGUUGUUUAGGAGGUAUGGGACGGCGCCGUCGGAGCCAUGUACGCCGCUGAACAUGAAAGAGAUGAUGCCGGCGAAGUUGUAGGGUGCACAGAUAAUUAAGAUGAUGCUCUUACGUGCUUCCUAGGCAUCUAAUGAAGGUCGCUCCCU